AACUUUGUGUCUCUUAAAUUCUGUGGUGCAGUUUGACGGAAAAACUAUGAUAUACCUAAAUUGGUUCCUUUUACUUUAAAAAAUUACGAGAUACUUUCGUAGUUACAUAUUUUAUAUCAAAAAUGUCAGCUGUUCAUUGACGUAGUUUUCUCUUUGUACUACAUUCAUUGAGUAGUUAAGAAGGGGUUGUGUACUUCGUUGUUUAUGUUUGUACCAGCUGUGUUGUGGACUAGCGUUCGGAGCGUUCAUGCGUAAUGGAGACAAUAAAUGCCAACGCUGCAAUUCUCAGCAAUUAUGAGGUGUGGAUCUUGUUACAAGAAAUUCGAGGAAAAAAACAGCAUAGUAAUGCAUUUGGUCAACUAGCCACUAUCACUUACGAGACUACACGCUACUUGCAAGAUACUCCUUGCAGUCAGCAGACACCAGAAAUUAUUGAAAAUUUUCUGCGUGCACUUGAGCCUUUCAAAUUAACAAAAUCAGAGAAAGUUAUGCUGCUUAACAAUCCACCAACAACACCUGUGGAAAUACAACUGAUGGUUGAAGAGAGUGAAGAGAGACUCACAGAUGAGCAAGUUGGCCAAUUGCUACAAGUUGUGCAGGACUGUCAAUUGGUUACUUAGAUACAUGGUUGCCUUUAUUAUUAUUUGUUAACAUAUACAAGUGACCAAUUCCACAAAUAUAAAUAUUAUAAUUAUUUAUUACAAUAAAUAGAAAAAUAAUAACUGCA